GCAGUGAAAUUCAGUGCUCUGCAUUUAAAGUUUGUAAUGGAUUUCAUCUACCAUGCUUGCACAGGUGAAAAUGGAAAGUUCUCGUUCGCUAACUUUCUUUGGACUCUUACUGAUCUGCGUUUUCUUAGCACCUGCCAUUAAAGCACAAUCAAAGCAACGAAAUGUGGACAUAUACAGCUUCCAGAUAAACUCAACAGUAACCAGUCGCUACGCUAUAACAGUCAUCACCAGUCGUGUGGCAAAUAGCCUCAAUGAAUCUCAGGAAGUUCAUUUCCAGGUGAAGAUACCCAAGAAUGCUUUCAUCAGCAAAUUCAGAAUGACCAUUGAGGGGAAGACAUAUGAUGGGAUUGUUAAACAGAAGGAGGAGGCUCAACAGCAGUACAGCCAGGCAGUGUCUCGAGGUCAAAGUGCUGGACUGGUCAGCUCUGUGGGCAGGACCCUAGAGGACUUUAAAACCUCAGUAACAGUGGCUGCACUCAGUAAGGUGACAUUUGAACUGACCUAUGAGGAACUGCUUAAGCGUCGUCUAGGCAAAUAUGAGUUACUCAUCAAUGCCCAACCAACACAGCCUGUGGCAGAUUUUAAGAUUGAUGUUUAUAUUCAUGAGAGUCCAGGCAUUUCCCUCCUGGAGGUAAAAGGAGGACUGAGUACUAAUGAGCUGACAGAUGCAGUCACAACCACAUGUAGUGGCCCAGAGGCUUGGGUGAAUUUCUAUCCCACUCAUGAACAACAGAAAAAAUGUAAAGGUUGUGGAAAAAAUGGCUUAAAUGGUGACAUGAUCAUCUUAUAUGAUGUUGACCGAGAGAAAUCCAAAGGAGAACUAAGGGUAUCAAAAGGUCAUUUUGUCCAUUACUUUGCACCCACUGAUGUUCAACGGAUCCCCAAAAAUGUGGUUUUUGUCAUUGAUCGAAGUGGCUCCAUGCAUGGCCGGAAAAUGGAACAGACUCGUGUGGCAAUGCUAAGGAUCUUGGGAGAUCUCUCUGAAAAUGACCAUUUUGGCAUAAUUACUUUUGAUGGUAGAGUGGAAACCUGGAAACCAGAACUCCUCAAGGCCACACAAAGCAACGUGGAGGAUGCCAAGAUGUUUGUGAAACAGAUCACUGAUGGAGGACCUACUGAUAUAAAUGCUGCUGUGCUGAAAGGGGUGGAGAUGAUCAACAGACACCUACGAAAGGGCCCUGCCUUCAUGCUAAUCCUGCUCACUGGUGGAUAUCCUACCUCAGGUGUGACCAACACUGGUGAAAUACAGGACAAUGUGAAGAAAGCCAUUCAGGGGAAAUUCCCCUUGUACUGCCUGGGAUUUGGAUUUGAUGUAAGUUUUGAGUUUUUAAAGAAAAUGGCCAUGGAAAAUGACGGUGUGGCACGCAGGAUUUAUGAGGACUCAGAUGCUGAUCAACAGCUUCAGAGAUUCUACAAGCAGGUGGCCACUCCCGUUUUGACCAACGUGCAGAUGAAAUAUACUGGUGUGGCACACUUAACAAAAACCAAUUUCAAACAGUACUACAAGGGAUCUGAGAUUGUCGUGGUUGGUCAGCUCAGCGAAAACACCAUGGGUGUCUUCGGUGCUGAUGUCGUCGCACAAGCGAAAAGCAGGACAAUGGAGUAUCGGCACACCAGUACACCACAACAUCAAAAUUAUCAUGUGAGUGGACAUAACGAUUGUAUUGAAAGAUCAUAUGCCUACCUUCGGGUGAAACAGCUUUUGGAGGAAGAACCUAUGUUUAAAGGAAAGGAGAAGGAGGAAAAGAGAAGAGAGGCCCUGGAUCUCUCUCUAAAAUAUAAUUUCGUGACACCACUGACCUCUAUGGUGGUCACCAAACCCCAGGAAGAGGACACUGAGGUUGUCCACAAACCUGAAGAGAGACAACAGGGAGCAAGAGCACCAGAUGGGCCGAGCACAGGGACAAUGAAAGGUAGCCCUGGCAGAAGAGAAGGUCUUAUAUUGCUCAAGGAUGCUGUUGAAGAGCUACCGAGGAUAGAGUGGUUAACUAUCCAUAUAAAAAAGGAUACAGACUUAGUUCCAGGGUUCACGCUGCCUACUCUAACAGCACAUGGUCAACCAACAAUCACUGAACGAAACGCAAGCCCUGUACGAUUCCUAAUUCAAGCACAGGAUCAGUCUGAACCUCUCUGCUAUGACAUUCCUGCAUCCCAGAGGCUCAGACUCCUACAGGACCCCAGCUCUGGCUUCUCUAUGAAUGGUGAGCUCACACGGUUUGGUGGGAAUGGCUUCCAACGAAUCACCAUUUAUUACAAAACUGGUCUUAACAUAUCACUGAGCACCAGUGAGUUCAGCUUUUUUGAUGGAAAGCAUACUACAGCAUUCCAAUGGAGUUCCCAAAAAGAACUCACUGGCUAUUUAACACACAGUGAGUUACUACAUGUAAACCUGUCACUGUCAAGGAAUAAGAAAUUGGAUGUCACCAUGGGGACCACUUGUGUCUCUAUACUAAUUCAUGAACGCAAUGGGAAUGUCUUCCUGUGGCCUACAGUUAGCCAUCCCCCAAGUAACAGGUCCAUGCCAGCUAUUCUGGGAAAGCUUCCUGCUUAUGAGAUCGUCCCUGGAUCACCUGCACCUAAACUCAAGAUUGAAGAUCAGGAAGUGGAUGUUCUCUGGAGCACUGCUGUUGACUACAGUACCCACUCAGCAGCAAGUGUGCUCUGCUUGUUGGUGCCGUUACAGGUUGCUUUGCAAGGGGAGCUGUCUGACUUUACUGUAUCUUAUCUGUAGAGGACUGCAGAAUAUUCCUUUCUUAAUUUAAUCUUACAAAGUCAACAUACAAUGCUAUUAUAAAUAAAAUCAUGAAGGAUACACGUUUGGGCCAUUUAUUCAAAUGGGUGUAACUGGUUGAACUGAAUCUUAGUGUGUUAUAUUUCUAUAAUGUUUUUCGUCUGUACAAAGAGUAUUUUCACAGCCAUGAACUCAAAGAUAUUCUGGAAUGUUCUCAUGUGUCAAAUUUGGCCUGAAGAAUUUAUUUCUAAUGGAUGAAAUGUAAACAUGCAUGCCUGUCUUCCUCUUACCUAUUUUCAUGUUGAGGUUGAAUGCAGAGAAUUUAUUUUUUAUUUGUAUGUGAACAUAUGACAUCCAGAGAGAGCACAAAACUCUGUUUAUCCAAAUUCCCUCAAUCUUUUUUUGAGUGUACAGCAAACAGUACAUUAAACAAAAGUGUGAACCCUG